AUGUUCAAAAGACAGAGUUCUAAGACCCCAAAGGAGCCUCUGCAAGUUCAGAAAAGUCAAACUGAUCUCUCUGCAUGUCAAAAAGGAAGGACAACUAAUGGUGAAAAAAGUGUCCAGAAUCAUCAGUCUCCUGAUGUUCAAAAAAAUGACAGUGAGCAAGACUCCCUCGGGCAAGCUUUGAGCUACUUUGAGACAGUUCAAGAUCAUGUCUCACUGAGAAAGAACCUUGUUCUACGGAAGCACUUGGCUACUGUGGAAACCAUUGCCCUGCAAAGAGGGUUACCUCAUGAAGGAUUUCAUGUCUUGCUAAAUGCAGCACUCAGUGGCAAACUUGCUGAUACAGUGAAUACUCGUUUACUGAAGAGCCUGAUUCCAGCCUCAGCAAUACCAGAAGAUUCUGUGGUUUCAGCUGUGUCUUGGCUCUGUGUCAGCAAAUGUUCAAGCAACAUCCAGUUGCUUUUUAUCAGAUGGCUGAUCACAAUGUUUGACUUCAUCAAUUGCAAGGAACAACUUCGUGCCCUCUAUGGUGUCUUCUUUUACUUAUUGCAAGAUGAGAAGAUGUGCCCCUAUGUCUGCCACCUGCUCUAUCUGCUGACCAAGAAAGAAAAUGUCAAGCCUUUUCGGGUUAGGAGACUGCUUGACCUCCAAGCAAAAAUGGGAAUGCAGUCUCAUCUACAGGCUCUACUAUCACUUUACAAACUCUUCUGUCCUGAGCUGGUCACCAUAACCCUUCCUGGGAAAAUGAAGAAUUUCUUCAGGAGUGCAGAGGGCCCUUGGAAAGCAGCAAUCAACACUGUGGGGCGAAAAAACUUCCCAGUGCACCAACCACUGGUUUUAGGCACAGCUCCACCUCAGUCACGAAAAAGGAAAUGGAAUGCUCAGCUGAUUGUACCUGCAAGCAGUACAAACAAAAACAAUUUAGAAGAGAGCAGGGGAAACAAUGUUGAUUUGUACAGUACAAGUCAGUCUUUUCCAGUGGAGCAGCUGCAGACUUUUCCUCAGCUUCUACAAAAUAUCCACCAUCUAGAGUUUCCUUCCCAGAUGGCUUCAGUGCUAACAAACCCUUUACUGCUUCACUACAUGAAUUGUGUCAAAGAUGAGUCAGUUUACCUGAGGUUUUACUUUUGGAUGAGCCAGGCUCUUCAGGAAGAAUGCACCUGGUGUGUGGCUGAUAAUCACCAAAAUGAAGAAGAGUUCAAGAACUUCCUGGAAACUAUCUAUAAGGCAGAGUGUUUCUUGCAGGAGGGAUUUCUUUCCUGUGAAGAGUUCCUGUAUAAGAGCCUUCCUCUCUGGGAUGGUGUCUGCUGCCAGUCACAAAUCCUCAGACUUGUGAGUUGGAUCCCCCUGAGCAGCUUCUCUGAAAUGAAGUCACAGCUCUAUGAUCCCCUGGCACAGCUCUUUUUCACAUCAUCACUUUAUUUUAAGUGCAGUUUUCUGGAGAGCCUGACAGAGCUGCUGCAGAACUGCUUAAAUUCCUAUCUGUUUCAUCUAGAUUCAGAGUCUGAAUCUCAAGCCCAUGCUUUGAAUACCACCCUGUCUGGACUGCUGAACGCGGUGGCUGAGCUGGUCCGCUUUGUUGGACGGAUUUCUACAGAUGCUUUACAUUUGGAAAACAACUCUUGCUUCCUGCUGCACUUCAUCCUGAGUUUCUAUGAAACUGUGUGUGACAUGUACCUGAGGUACCAUCUGCCUUUGUUGAUAUUGCCUCCUGCUGGAGUUUUCUACCCAGCGCUUGUCAGCAUGAGUCCUGUCAGCUUGAAUCAGCUCUGCUACGUUAUGUACAGAUAUCGAACCAACUUGGUGGCUGCAAAAGAAAAUGAGCUGAGUGAAAAGAAAACACUGCAGUUCAAGAUCAGUAGCCAGACAUACCAAGAGUACAACCAGUAUGUAAUAGCUAUGGUAGGUUGUCUGUGGACAUCCAAUGUAUUCCAGAUGGAUUCUCAUCCUCAAGGUCUUCGGAUGGAUGAUGAACUGCUGAAGACAACUGGAGUGCAGGAAUUCAAAACCGGCUUUAACAUUGUCUACCACCCAGCCAUGAUUGGCUAUGCUGUCUCAUUCCUGCAGCAGGCUUUCCCAGAUGAUGCCACCUUCAAUUUCAGUUUAAUUAAGGGAAAGAAGUGGAACCAGUAUCUGGAAUAUCUUUAUGCACAAGGCUUAAAGGGCCUGAAGGUCUUCAUCGAAAGCAGCGUCAAUCGUGUGUCCCAGGCCAACAUGGUGAUCUGGUGCCUUGCCUAUCCCAAUGAGAACCAACAACUUCUUGCACUCUACUGGGGCCUGGCCUGUGCUUACCGAGCCACAGUUCAGUGCUCUAAGAAAACUGUGGCUGAGGCAGGUACUCAAACAUUACCUGAGGAUAUCAUGGUUGAGAUGGGGACCCAAAUGACAGCCAAAGAGGUUGCCCCAGUAGUGAAAAAGAAACAGUGGACAAGGAAGUCAACAGGUCCCUCUCAUCGAUUGAUAAGGGAUGAGGAAGAUUAUGAUCAAGAGGCUGGUCCAUCAACUGGCAGAUCAGAGGCAGUGAGCGAGAUCAAACAAGAAGCAGAAACUACUCAGUCCUUAACCUCGGCAGAGCUGAGAGACUUGCGCAAGGAUUACAGCCGCCAGCCAGGAGAGCGGAUUGCUGCUUGGCUGCUCCGGUGCUGGGACAAUGGGGCUGAUAGUCAACUGCUAGAAGGGAAAGAGGCCCAACAACUGGGUCCCAUUGCCAGAAACAGAGGUAUUGAAAAAGGGAUUGCAAAGGAGACAGGCAUAUGUAGCCUCUGGAGACGACUCUUGUUAAGUGUGAGGGCAAGGUACCCAUGCAAGGAGGACCUUAUGAGCUCUCCAGGGAAAUGGAACACUGCAGAUGAAGGCAUCCAGUACCUAAGAGAAUUAGCGGUGCUGGAAGUUAUCUAUGGUGACUUAGAUGAUCAAAGUGUCUCCACAGACCCAGAGGAUGUCCCAUGCACGCGGGCCAUGUGGAGGAAAGUGAUCCAAGAUUACCUCAAGAGGGGGUACUUCAAGGACCCAAAGGGUUAUCGAUGGGCUUUUGGUGUGGCCACAGUGAACACAGAGAAAAUCAGGCAGCUCUCUACCCUGCCUGGCCUUUCAGAAAAUCCUUUUGUUGUGGGAUUGCUUCGUAUUGAAGAACAACAGGUGCCAAUUGCUACCAGAACAGUGCACCGGAGGCAGUAUCGCACAAACCGAGAUUCCCUGGCUCCCAUUCAUGAACUGAUCCACCAGCUGGAGAUCCAGGGAGUGAUCAGUAAAACACAUUCACCUUUCAACAGUCCCAUUUGGCCAGUGCGGAAGUCUGAUGGAGGGUGGAGAUUAACGGUUGACUAUCGUGGCCUGAAUGAAGUGACGCCACCACUGAGUGCUGCUGUACCAGAUAUGCUAGAGCUCCAGUAUGAGCUGGAGUCGAAGGCAGCCAAAUGGUACGCUACCAUCGAUAUCGCCAAUGAAACCAUCGAAAGUGGAAGGCUGCUGUAUGGAGUCCUACACGACAAGUUGUUGAAGCUGCUGAAGGAGAAGGAUAUUGCCACUCGAAUAGAGAACAUGACUCUGAAGGUACGCCAUGUUGAUGCUCAUGUACCUAGGAGCCGUGCUAAUGAAGAACAUCAAAACAAUGAGCAUGUAGACAAGGCUGCCAGAAUCGAUGUAGCCCAAGUGGAUCUGGACUGGGAACGUAAAGGUGAACUGUUUGUAGCUCGAUGGGCCCAUGAAACAUCGGGACAUCUAGGAAGAGAUGCUACGUACAGAUGGGCUCGAGACCGAGGGGUGGACUUGACCAUGGAAGCCAUCACGCAGAGGCAGCCCCAAGCCUUGCUUCCGAAGCCCGGCGGCCACUGCCCCCGCAUCUCAGACCUGGUGGACUUGGAAGCAGCGCUGCCCGUGGAUGUGUCCGUGAGGACUCACAGAGGCGAAAGGACGGCUGUCAGGGAGGACACAGCGGGAACAAGAGAGGUGGCCAAGACCCAUUUGCACAAGGGAGAGGCUGGGAAACAGUAA